AUGACCACUGUAACUGACGUCAUUGCUCGACAGAACGAUCUCUUUGGGCUCAUCUCUCGUUCUGUCGACAAUCUCAAUAAGCUCGGAGCUGCACGGAUCACUCGCGGCGCGGUCCAAAGUCGAAUAGGCUCUCUCAAGGUCAAUUGGGAGAAAUUCAUCGUGUAUCAUGACAACUUGAUCAAAGCCAAGCAUGCCGAGGUAGAGCAGCUUCCAUACGUUACCGAGAACGUGUACUCUCUCUGUGAAGAUAAAUACCAUGAAGCGCACGGAUUUAUGCUCGAUAUGCUGGACCAGUUAGAUCGCAAAGCGCAGCAUGAGGCUACCGUUACCAAUGCAACUAAGUCGCCGACAGGAUCUCACUCUCGACGAUUACCGCGCAUCGACUUACCGAAGUUUUCCGGCGACUACGUUCAGUGGAGCUCCUUUCGAGAUCUCUUCAAGUCCAUCGUCAUGGAAAACAACGAUCUCUCGGCUGUCGAAAAGCUCCAUUACUUAAAAAUGAGUCUAACCGGUGAACCAGCGCAACAUUUGAAGAACAUUCCCAUCACUAGUGAAAAUCUUAAACGCUCAUGGGAAAUUCUCGUAACGCGCUACGAUAAUAAACGAGUUCAGAUCGACGCGCAACUAUCCGCCUUAUUGGCGAUUCGCAAAUUGAAAACGGUAAGUGCAGCAGAAAUCAAGAGACUUCUUGGCGAUGUGAAAGAGGCGCUCGACGCCCUCGAAGCUCUCGAAUGUCCAGUAAAAUCCUGGGACCACAUUAUCGUCUUCGUGAUCGUACGUAAGCUCGACGUCGAAUCAUUGAAGGAAUGGGAGAAAACUCUCGGUGCAAAAUCUACAUCUCCGUCCUUCGGUGAGCUAGAACAGUUUCUGGUAGGACGCGUGCAAACACUGGAAUCAAUCGAACGAGUCGUGAUGCUUAAAUGGUUAAGCAACCAGCUUCAAAUGCUACGUCAGUAUGUUCGCAGUCAAAUGCACGAGCAUACGCCGCUACCGCUGCCGUACAACAGUGUGCAGUGUGCAUGUCGAACUUCGAAACGCUGUCGGUUCUGUCGCAAGCAACAUCACUCAACGUUGCAUGUAGCUACGGUCGAAUCCGACGCCUCCACUACGACGGCAGUCUCCGUCCCGUCGGCUAGCGGCCCUACCACGGACAACUCUGGAGCAUCUCAAACCAACCAACAAUUCGGCGCUUCUCACACGUGCAGUCAUAUUGCACAAUCACGCAUAAUUAAACGCACUCCAGUGCUCCUUGCUACCGCUUUAGUUACGGCUAUCUCUCGAACUGGAGAACGAUUCCAGCUACGGGCAUUACUCGAUCAAGGAUCAGAAGCAUCGUUUAUCUCCGAGUCCGCUGCGCAGCUUCUAAAGUUAUCACGUAAGCCAGCGUCCGUCCCGAUUCUCGGAAUCGGCGCACAACGCUCCGAUGUCUCAAACGGACGAGUCUCUCUCGAAAUUAUCUCGCGGAUCAAUUCGGCAUUCUAUAUCAACCUGGAAGCUCUCAUACUGCCGAAACUCACCGCCUACUUGCCACCCACGAAAAUUGCAUCCACUCACUGGCCACACAUCGACGGACUCCGCCUUGCGGACCCGAACUUCUCAAUGCCAGGAAAAAUUGAUUUAGUUCUCGGUGCAAGUGUCUACGCGCAAAUUCUCGAAAGUGGCAUUCGCCGCGGAAACGGCGAAUCACCGAUCGCGCAAAAGACCGCUCUCGGAUGGAUAUUAUCCGGACAACUCUCCAACGAUAACGAUCGUCUCUCGCAAGACGCAAUCAACGGAUUUCAGUGCUCUCUCGAUUGUGAACUUCUCGAUCUACUCCAACGGUUUUGGCAACAAGAAGAAAUCGUGCCAUCGCCUAAUCCUACAUGCACACCGGAAGAAGCUCAGUGUGAACUUCACUUCACAACGACUCACUCUCGUGACGCUCACGGGUGGUUCGUAGUUCGGUUGCCGUUCCGACAAAGUGUGAGUGAUUUCGGUGACUCUCGUGCUCCAGCGUUCAGGAUGCUGCGUCGCAUGGAAACACGCUUCGAAUCACACGCAUCCCUCAAAACUGCAUACGCGGAAUUCUUAC